AAAAGGUAAUUGAAACCAACCUUAAGCUCUUCGUUUCUCCGCUUUAAAGGUAGCCUCGAUUAUUGCUGACUUAGGCAUCGGAGUGUCUACCCCCGAUGAUCCACCUCGGGGCUUUGCAGGUCAAUCCGGAGUGCAGAUACGGACUGAAGAAGGACAUCUGGAUACCACAACUUGAAACUUAUGAUGGGACGAAGGACCCCAAUGAUCAUCUACAUGCUUUCUAUUCUUGUAUGCAAGCCCAGAACGCCUCUGAUGCGUUGAUGUGCAAAAUCUUUCUCUCUGCUCUCCGAGGUAAUGCUCGAACCUGGAAAACCACUUCUAAGCUAAUGCGAGUUAGGCAGAGAGACGGCGAGUCUUUGAAGAAUUUUAUGAGUAGAUUCAAUGAUGCAGUACUGGAGGUUAGCUCUUUCGACCAGGCUGUGGGAAUUACAGGUGUGAUCUCAGGUCUUAGCCACGAGAGAUUCAGAGAUAGUCUGCUCAAACAUCCUUCCACCACCUUCAGCGAGUGUGUCCUUGUUGACACAGGGAGUGCACCAGACAUCAUGUACUUCCAUUGUUUUGAGAGUCUUGGGUUGGACCCAUCUUUGUUGCAGCGGUAUGAUGGUCCCAUUUACAGAUUCAACAACCAACCAAUCCUAGUUGAGGGAAUCCUCACCAUGAAUGUUGCAUUUGGACGUGGCCGAAGUUAUGUGACUCCUUCAGUUAGUCCGGAGCCCAAUGACUGGACCUUAUAUGUUGAUGGGGCAUCUAAUAGCAAAGGUUCAGGAGCUGGCGCUCUCUUGCUUGGCCCAGAUGGAUACCGAAGUGAACACGCCUUGAAAUUCAACUUCGAUGCAACAAAUAACAUGGCUGAGUAUGAAGCUCUCUUGCUUGGUCUACAAUUAGCAUUGGAGUUGAAAAUUAGCGCAAUCCAAGUGUACAAUGACUCUCAGCUGGUGGUGAAUCAAAUCAACUCAAUCUGUGAAGUCGUCGAUCUUGUGAUGGUGAAAUAUGUAACUCUAGUGGCCGAGCUGAAGUGCAAAUUUCAGAAAUCAGUUUUUGUGGAGGUCUUAGAUGCACCAAGCUUCAUGAAGCCACGGGUGAUGGAGAUCAGCACAGACUCAGACAUGCCAAGCUGGACUGACUCAAUUAUCUCCUUUUUACGAGACGGGGUAAUACUUGAGGAUAAGCAGAAGGCAAUGAAGUUGAGGAAGAAAGCAUCUCGGUAUACACUUGUUGUUGGGGUCCUCUAUAAGAGAUCUUUCUCACUCCCUCUUCUACGGUGCUUGAACCCAUAUGAAGCGGAAUACGCAUUCAAGGAUGUGUAUGAAAGUGUUUGCGGAAGUCACGUAGGUCCAUUUAUGAAGGGGGUAGGAGGUGUAACCCAUCUCAUCGUCGGUGUGGAUUAUUUCACAAAAUGGGUUGAAGCUCAGGCAUUAUCCAGUCUUACCUCCAGGAAAGUCGAGGACUUUGUUUUCAGCUCGAUUAUUUGUAGAUAUGAGAUCCUGAAUCAGAUUAUAGCUGAUAAUGGAACUCAAGUCAAUUGCUCCUCAUUCCGAGAUUUUUGUUCCAGCUAUGGGAUCAAACUACAGUUCACCUCGGUUUACCAUCUGGAGUCCAAUGGCAUGGUCGAAUCUGUUAACAAAUGCAUUUUAGAAGGUAUAAAACCGAGAUUGGAACAGCACAAGGCCAAAUGGGCAGACGAGCUCAACAACGUCCUCUAGGCAUACAGAACCACGAGUCAAAUAGCCACAGGUAUUACUUUAAACCUGGUUUAUUUGAUUAACUUUAUAUUGUUUUUCUCUUUCUGUUACGGCUUUACCUUGGAGCAAAUAUACAUAACACGUAAAG